AAUUGGCAUCGCAGGCCACAUUCAAGACCGAAAAUGUUUAGCAGAGCAUUAAGACGAGCGGUGCAGGAGGUGCGGGUUCCCUCCUCGACACUCCCGCCAACUUUCCUCCUCCCCAGCCAGGCACGAUACUUCAACUCGACAGAACAGCACGUCGAGCCCCCGACCUCGAAGGCUCCGCUGGCCUCGCAUUCUCCCAUCUCGACUGAGGCCAUUGCGUCUGCCACUGAAAUCAAAGCUGCUCAGCCAGCCGCGCCAUCUACUCCUUACGCCGUCACGGAAUCGGUGAAGGAGCUCCUACCGCUGCUCAAUGCGCAACCGUCGAAAUUCAUAACCGCGCUCAUCCACGGCCGACCAUACCUCCUCACUGUCGGAGAUACCGUGCGCCUCCCAUUCCACAUGCCUGGCGUUGUCCCAGGCGACGUUCUCCGACUCAACCGCGCUUCCGCUAUUGGCAGCAGAGACUACACAUUGAAGGGGCAACCACACGUGGACGAGAGGGUGUUCGAGUGCAGGGCUAUUGUGAUGGGGACCGAGGGAGAGCCGGCACGGAUUAAGAUUAAGAAGAAGCAGAGGAAUCGGAGGACGAAGACUGUUAUCAGCAAGCACAAGUUCACGGUGUUGAAGUUGUCUGAGUUGAGGGUUAAGGAUUUGGCGGAGAUUGAGCAAUAGAUGGGCAAUAGCGAGAGGCCAGGCCGAGGGAAUAGAUGGGGGAUCUGAUGGAGGGAAUAGAGAGGGGAUAUGUUGUAUGAUUAUUGCAGUAUAUACUGUCAUGCGGCGAGAGGCAUGUGUAACUAUCAAUUGUGUUAUUCUAUCUCACUAGAGAAGCAACUGUAAAACGG